UUAUGUUUACGCGGGUUGCUACCAGCAAAGCAUUCUGGGUUGAUAGAAGACCGUGAUAGAAGACCCUAAUCGUGGGCCAAUCAGUGGACAGGAUCACAGUACGGACACUUCAGUCUUGAACUCAAUCAAGGAAUAGUCGCUGUCGGCUUGAGCGAGCAAAAUUUUUGUGUAAAUCAAUUCACAUAGAAAAAAAUAAGUAUACAUAACUUCCGGGCCAGGAUAUAACGAUCUUUUUCCUUGUGUAUUAGUUGGUGAAAGUGUUAUUUUAAAAGAGCUACGAAAAUGUCAGACAGAAAGGCUGUGAUCAAGAAUGCUGAUAUGUCUGAGGAGAUGCAGCAGGAUGCUGUUGAUUGUGCAACUCAAGCCCUUGAAAAAUAUAACAUAGAAAAGGAUAUUGCAGCCUUUAUUAAAAAAGAGUUCGAUAAAAAAUAUAAUCCAACGUGGCAUUGCAUUGUAGGUCGUAAUUUUGGAAGCUAUGUGACACAUGAAACAAGACAUUUUAUCUAUUUUUAUCUGGGUCAAGUAGCGAUUCUCCUUUUCAAGAGUGGAUAAAUUGGAAUCUAUUCUGUAAUCACCAUCCUUUCUUCCUCCCUUCACACAUGCUACAUGGAAAUACCUUAAGUCACAUCACUGUCUGUAAGAGAAAUUACAAUAUCGUGUAUAAUGAAAAUUUGUUUUGCAAACAAGAUAUGCACUCCCAGUUAAACAAAAAAGUAUAAGUAUAUAACAACCAUCAAUACUAUUGACUUUGCUGUUUUACUUAUCUCAGGAGAUAAGACAAUGAUGAAAAAUUCUGUAGAAGUUAUGGGAAAAAAGGGUAGGGAGAUUAACUAAAUGAGAAGAAAAUGAAAAAACUCAAAACUGAAAAAAAUCAAUUGACAUACAAUCUUACAUGUUAAAAUGUAUCAUGUAUGCCAGAAAAUUUGUUGUGUUCUUGUUUUAUAUUAGGUAUAUAUAAUGCGAAGUUGAGUUCAAUACUGGCGAUUUUAAAUUAAUAAAUUUUUAGUGUUUAAUACACUAAGUGCAUCUAAGUAUAAUGUAAUGUUCAUACAAAUUCAUGUAUGAUUUUUAUUAUCUUACUAUGCUUGAGGAAACUGUAUCCAGUAGUCAUCAAUAAUGAAUGUAAGCCAAACCUUGAUUGAUUGCUGCGAUCAUUAUUAUUUUACGUAAUGUUGUAAAUUAUCCCCUUAUUCUGUGAUGCUAUAUAAACAAAAACGGUUACAAAAUCAACUUUGAUUCGUUUGAAUCCUGACAUGACAAUUUUUACAUCUAUAAAAAUUCGAGAAUUGGAGGUUGAGAGAAAGCUUAAUUAUCGACACGCACCGAAUUAAAUAAAAUUAUUUAAAUUUACACAGCACUAAGUAAGAUGUUGCAUAAUAUUGAAAGCGAGUCAUUAUCAUAAUUUUAAUUUUUUAUAUUGUGCACACUGAAUUUUGCAAAUGUAUUAUUCAUAAGUCAAGAUACA